CCUAAUUAGACCGUCUAGGUCGUUAGCCUGAUUCUUGUUAUUCAGUAGGUUCAUAGUUGAGGUCUAUAGAAAUUUGAAAAAUUAAAAAAACGAAAUUCAUACUUUUAUAAUAUGGAAAAAGGUCAGACGUCUCGUAAACAAAACAAAGAAAAAUUACAAAAAGAAAGUCACAGUGAAAUUGAAAGAAAACGACGUGAACGUAUGAAAUUAGAAACGGAAUUUCUACAUCGUCAAGUACCACAUUUACAAUGUAAAGAUAAAUUAUCCAUUUUUCUUGCUGGAGCUGAACGACUUAUUCAUUAUAAUAAUAAAUUAGGAAAAAGAGAAUAUAUCAUCAAUGAUGAAGAGUAUUCACGAAUUGUUAUGAAUUCUAUUAAUGGAUUUGGUAUACAUGUCAAAUGUUCCAGUGGAGAAAUAUUAUAUGAAGAAAAUUCUGAAAAAAUACUUGAUAUUCCUCAGAUUAAUUUCCUAGGCAAAACACUUUACGAUUUAGCUGAACCAAGUGUGAAUACAAAACGAAUUAUCACUGAUAGUCUCAUGUUUUAUGGUUCAGAGAUGCAACAAGCAAAAGAUGGACAGCUGAUUUCACGGAAUUUUGUCAUUGCUAUGCGUUGUGGAUCUGGUAUUCCAGUGAAAAAUUGUGUACGCGGUUCUGAUGGUGAGCUGUAUCGAUUUAUCGAAUUCUGUGGUGAUAUUGUUUAUCAAAAUGAUAGUAAUCGUCCCGAAGCUUAUUAUUUAUUCCGUGGUGUAUGUCGACCGUUGGAUAUGGCUUGUCCAACUAUUCCUGAUAAUACAAGAUCUAGUAAUCAAGGAAGUCCAUUUGAGAACCACAGUUCACCUCAUAAAAAUGUCAGCUCUGAUCAUAUUACUCUACGGAUUGAAGUGAAUAAUUUAUCAAUAACAGAAGUUGUUGGCAAUGCAUUAUCAAUGCUUGGUUGGAAUGCUAAAGAUCUGUUACAUAAACAUAUGGAAGAAUUUGUUACCAUUCCUGAACAAAAUAUUGUCACACAUGCAAUAGAAGAAACUAUUAAAAAUGGUUUGUCCACAAUUUUCAUUAAUUGGUUAAACUGUGGGAAAACAAAGUCAGUGUACUUAAAAGCUGUGUUUACAACAAUCCAAUUAAAUAGCUUUCUUUACUGCAUUGUAUGCAAAUUAUAUUCUACUGAGUCUCCUCCAUCAACUCGACGCACACCAGAAUCACAGAUACCAGUUUUCCAACCAUCAGACUACUCAGAAUUUCAGGUAUCUAAUAACGAAACAGUUUCUCCGUUUGAUUGGAAUGAUUCAUUUAAUUACAACACAACUAAAGUCAAAUCAACUGAAUUUUCAACGGGACCAUCUCAGCAUACAACUAACAACAACAUCAACAAUAUACCAAUCUGUGAACCUGAUGUACUAAACGUGAUGGACAAACAUCAUAUUACUCUAACGAAAACCGAUGGAGAAGAAAAUUUUCAUACUUUAAGUAUUCCUUAUAGAUCUGUGCAGAAAACAAAUGAAGAAAGUUCAAUAGCUGGUACAUCAAAUCAAAAUGAAACAACGCAUAUUGAUUCAUCUAUAUGCACUUAUGAAGAACAUUCUGAAACACUUCAACAUCCUGUUGUUUUCUCUGUUGAUUCAGAUGAUAUAAUUCCUGAUGAAACUAAUCAAACAAGUGAUUGCAAAUACUUGCCAAAUAAUACAAACGAUUUAAAGUAUAAUAAUACUGAUGGACAAGACUGGCGCCAACUUCCACUAAAUACAAGUUUCAGUAGUAUGCUUUCUGAAAGUGGAUUACCUGAAUUAUUCAAUCCUGAUUAUAUAAAAGAUUUGAUUAAGGAAGAUGUAACCGACCUGUGAUAUUGUUUUAUGUAACAAUAAGUUUGAAACCUUUACUAGCUAUGAAGUAUGUGCAAUCAUUUUUCAUAUUUAAAAAAUCUAAUUACAGAACAAUUAAUAUUUUCCAAAUAAUAUUUUUAUGAUUACAUAAUUGUGUACUGUAAAACAGCUGUUC